CAAAGAUGGCGCUGUCCAGUGGGGUGGUGGGUCGGAGGUUUUUACUUCUUUUAGCCCAAGAAAACGUGGAGUUCAGGCUCCCGGAAAUUAAAUCCUUGUUCUCUCUUUGUAAAGUCCAGCUAAGAUGUGAAGAAAACUUUGAUCAGAAGUCUCCUUUCUGGAUCGUGCACAUUCCCUCUGAGAACGUGGCAAAAGCAGUCAUGAGGCGUACGGUGUGUGCAAAGUCAAUAUUUGAAUUGUGGGGUCAAGGAAGAACACAUGAAGAACUGCAUAACUCACUGAAAAAUUAUCCUGCAGACAAAAUGAUCCCAUUUCUUCAGCAAGGUUCAACGUAUCAGAUAAAAGUUUAUGCAUUCAAUAAAACAUUGUCACAUAAUGAGAGGAUUCAAAAGAUAGACGAUUUAGGAUUUUUGCCAUUUCAAGGAACAGUGAAAUUAAAGGAUCCAGAACAUGUGUUCUGGUUACUUGAAGACUAUGGUACAGAUCCAAAUAAUGCUCCAGAGAAGCCCUUUUGUAUUUACUUUGGAAGAUGGAUUGCUGAUGGUCAAAGGGAGCUAAUCAACUUGUACAGUGUGAAGAAGCGUCACUUCAUUGGAAAUACCAGCAUGGAUGCCUGUCUUUCUUUUCUAAUGGCAAAUCACGCUAAAGCAGGAGCUAAUGACUUAGUAUUUGAUCCAUUUGUGGGAACAGGCAGUCUUCUUGUGGCUUGUGCUCAUUUUGGAGCAUAUGUAUGUGGGACCGAUAUUGACUACAAUAUUAUUCAUGGGCGUGGCAAGGCCAGUAGGAAGAACCAGAAAUGGAGAGGACCAGAUGAGAACAUCCGGGCUAACCUUCGGCAGUAUGGCCUGGAGGAAUUCUAUGUCGAUGUGCUCGUUUCAGAUGCUUCAAAAAAUAUAUGGAGGAAGGCGAAUAUUUUUGAUGCAAUCAUUACGGAUCCUCCAUAUGGUAUCAGGGAAGCUACACGGAGAACAGGAUCACAGAAGGGAAUUAUAAAACCAGCAGAAGAAUAUGUUGAAAGUCAUGUCCCAGUCUCCAUGAAUUAUCAUCUGAGUGAUAUUUUUAUUGACCUACUGAACUUGGCUGCAGAGAACCUGGUCAUGAACGGUCGGCUAGUUUACUGGCUACCUGUAUAUAAACUUGACUACUCUGAAGAUGUUAUCCCUCAGCAUCCUUGCCUGAAGCUAAUUAGUAACUGUGAACAGUCACUUACAACUCAUACAUCUCGACAGCUAAUAACAAUGGAAAAGGUGAAAGAAUUUGAGCCGUUCCCCUCUCUGGAGUGAAUGAUGAAGCAGUCCUUGCACUGUCCAGCCUGGGCCAGGCUGUUCAUGCUUCCUUACUGAACUCCAUGAGGAAUCCAGCAUCAGGGAGCUUUUGCAAAAUCAGCAGUGAACAGCAGACUACAACUUAAGACUUUCCACAUUUUGUGUGGAGAUCCUAAAGUGAUUCUCAGAUGUACAAGAAAAUGCCAACAUUUCGCCAUAAAAUCCAAGCCAUUAACAUGAAGCCCCCUGUGUUGAAGCCUUUCUGUAAUCUUCUGGGUACCUCUGUACUUCACUGUUGUCUUCUGUAAGGCAAUCUGAACAGUAAGUUAGAAUAAUUGUCAACUAAUAAAAUGAUCAAAGAGACUUAUUUUAGAGGUAACAUGCCAAAUAAUAGAAUACUAUUUUUAGGGAAAUUCACUUUAAUCUCUACAGCUCUUCGUAACAUCAAAAACAACUUGCACAAACACUGUGAUACAGACCUGACUUCACCUUUUAGUGUUUGAUGAGUUGUUGAACUGAUAGCUUGAAUGUAUGGCAGAAGUUUUCCCCUUUUGAAUAACUUAGUCAUGACCUCUGACUGCCCUUCUCCCACCCACAGCUUUCAUUGUGGAAACUGGCCAGUUGAGUGGUCAACCGAGUUGGUUCUUGCACUUUAAUGUGUGAUCUGCUGGCACCCCAAUGGGAUUCAUCUGGGCAGAAGCUUCAAUUUAUUUUUUCUCAUUCCUAGCCAAUAGUCUUUCUGGAAAUUGAAGUUGUGGGCUCAGUGUAAUUCAGUAGCAAUAUUUUAAUAUAAGUGACUGCUAAAUGUGGUCAGAAAUCCAAACAUGACUUUGUGCCGGACCACUUCAGAUAUGUUCUGUUCUUUACCGUUUGGCUGUCUGAUGUUUUUCUACUCCUGAUGGAAAAGAGGAAUUUAAGAUGAGUGCUCUCUAUCAAUAGGAGUUAUUGCAUGUGUUAUAUUAAAACUCUUAUGAUUGGUAGGUGGUAAAGAGAAGAUUAGUCUAAUUUUAAAGUGAAGUACUACUUCUGUGUCUGGUCUGUGUACUGUUUUAAGGUGCAGCUGCCUGAUUGCCCACUCAGAUCCCUCUUCAAUGAAAGGGGUGGUUUUUGUCCCCUGUUUGCAGAUAUUUUGAUUUUUAUUGACACUGUGCUAGGCAGCCAUGUCUUCUGGCAUUGCUUGGGCAUAGAACCCGAGGCAACACAUUGGCAUUCAUUUCUGCAGUUCAGUGCUCCUCCCCACUCCAAUCUUCAUGCCUGCUUUAUGUAUGGACUAUUUCCAUGUGGGAGCUGUAAUCAGCCUCAUUUGAAAGCACUUUAUCUUCUGAAAAUGGACUCUUGAAAGAGCUAGUUCAUGUUUGGUUAAAUAUAUAAAUUGAAACUAUUCACUGACUUGAGCUGGUGAGAAAUUUUCUUCAAGUUUGCACUUGCAUGAAGGUGAAUUAAUUAAACUGGUGCUGAAUGAUUGCG